AUGUCGACAAAUCCGGAGGAACGUGAGGCGGAACCACAACCAUCACCACAUUCAGUUCCGCCACAACAGCAACUACAGGAAGAGGCAAAUGUUGAAGAAAUGACCGGCGUUGGCGCUGCUGAUGCCGCCGUGGAAGAAGUCGCUUUUGUGCCGCCGCCGCCGCAACAAAAGGAGGAGCAGCAACAGGCAGAAGAACAACAACUGGAGGUGGCACCACAAGAGGAACAACGCGAUGAAGAACGAGGUAUGCAGGGAAUUGUGGAAGUUGAAGGGAAUAUUGAUACAAAAUUGCGAACGUUAUUAGGUGCUCAUCCCACGCCGCAUAGCCGCAAGGGGGGCAGCACCACAAAGGAAGGGGACGCGGAGUCUCUGAGUACUGCUACCGAAACCCGGUUCCAAAUGUCCAAAACGCUUCCACCUUUAACGGCUUUGUCAUUGCUUGAGAAGGGAAUAGGAUCUGAUUUUCGAGCGCGGGAUGCGUCAAACCGAUCGUUUAAGAUGGGGAGUUAUGAUUCUUCUACGGGAAACAGGUUUUACUCGGCCGGUAAUUAUGCGCCAUUCCGCACCGUGAAUAGUAUGACACCCAAUGAAGAAUACAUGGCGUUCCGAGCACGCAAUGGUGUUUCUUCGUAUUAUAAAGGACCCAUAUUUGCUGUAGAGGAUCUUUAUGUGAUGUGUGCAGAGUGCGGUGCUCCUGUUGACCCAGUUACUCGUGUUCCUGCCGGAAAGCUGUUUUUUCAUCCACAGUGUAUCAGUUGCAAGUUGUGUGGUCGCACCGAUAUUGCGGAUGCUUACUUCAGGGCAAUGGGCAACGGCGCAAUAUGCUCUGAGUGUGCUUCAAGGGGCUUUGCGUGGUGUGUGCCGCGAGAAGCUGCCGCGGCGCGUGGAAUUGUUCCAGGUGCUGUUGUUGGCAAAAUUGAUGAGGCUGUUAGACUUUAUGAUCUUAAGAGGAACCUGCAACCGAUUAAUCACCCCACUCUGCCGGGAGCCAUUCCGCCCACACUUGUGCUAGGUCGUCUUUUUGUCCAUCGCGGGCAGAGCACAAGAAAGUACUCACUCAUUCAGCGUCAACAGUACUACACGCAGAAUGACAACAACAUUAUUUGUUUGCCGCCUGAGGGGUCGAGGGCAUACUCGCGGGCGUCCAGUGCGAGUCGACACCGGUGGAAGAAGGAUGAAAUGCCCAAGUUGAUGUAG